UCUAAAUGGUUGAGGUACACAUGGUGGUCACUGGCCAGACAGACAAGUCGGUGUCUUCACCAUCUAGUCAACAGUCCCCAUGCAGUGUGCUACACCGCUAAUACAGUGAACUUUAGUGAACAGUGCGUGGCCUGUCGACAAAGUGAAAAUGUAUAAGGACAUAUCUCCCCAAACCAAAGAGCCAGCCAUGGAGGGUGCGGGGGACAGCUGGAGAGUGCCACCCGCGUGCCCACAGGGCCUGGCACUCCACGCCCACGUGUCCGCCUUCUCCGUCGUUACGCCCCACUCCAAGACGUCCUUUGGCAAAGAGUGUGAGAGCCCAGUGAGUGGGUGUGUGGCGUCUGGUCCUCUGGUGCCUCCUGGCGGGUACCUCAACAACACCUGGCCGCUGCCCCCUGGCCUCAUCUACCCCUACCCGUCCACUCUGGUGCGCUCCUAUGCCUCCGCCGCCACGCUAGGCUCACUCUGGAACUCCGGCAGCCUCGGCGGCUCCCACAACAAGCAUUACACAGGUGGACCGAUACCUCAGUCACCUGAGAAGCGUGAUGAGCCCCUCAAUCUCUCUCUCAAGAGCUGCCGUCCCAACAAGGCAGCCAUCUGGUCCCCGGCUUCUGCCUUGGAGCAAGAGGAGAAAGAGGAGUCACUGCCCUCCCCAACAGGUCGUCUCAGCCCCAUGGACUCGAGUGACUGUGAAGCCAUUCCAGCCACACAAGACGAGACAUGCAGAGACCCACGCGCCCCUCCUCUCGACUCAAUCAGCCUCCGACUCGGCCUCCGUCAGUAUGCAGAUUUUGUAGUGAACCUGCAGGGUCUGGCGACACGCGACAAAGAGAGCGAGGGAGCCAUGGCGCACAGAGACGAAGGCCUCUCUCCGCCAUGGUGCCCGAGUGUCUGGCCCUGGACGCCUUUAUAUCGUACUGCUGAAGUCUUCAGCUGCCAACAGUGCCCCAAGAGCUUCAGUUCGUCCCUCAGCCUUGACGUGCACAUGAAGCGGGCUCACUCAUCCAUACCUAAAGGCUACGACCCGUACCCAGCAGACAACGACAAGACAGUCUCACAACCUGCGGGCCUCACUGCCGUCUCUCCAGCCAGGGCGGAGAAGACUUUCCAGUGUAAGCAGUGCGGGAAGUGCUUCAAGCGCUCCUCCACCCUCUCCACCCACCUGCUCAUCCACUCGGACACCCGCCCCUACCCCUGCCAGUACUGCGGCAAGCGCUUCCACCAGAAGUCCGACAUGAAGAAGCACACCUAUAUUCACACCGGUGAGAAGCCGCACAAGUGUGUUGUGUGUGGGAAGGCAUUCAGUCAGUCCUCCAACCUCAUUACCCACAUGCGCAAGCACACAGGAUAUAAACCCUUCGCUUGUGGUCUCUGCGAGAAGGCUUUCCAGCGGAAAGUAGAUCUUCGACGCCAUCGGGAGUCCGUCCAUCCUAACUGUGAGCACAUUCCUCCUCCUCCACCACAGCCAUUCCCACAUCACACUGAUUCAGAGAACAACAACAAUAACGACAGCAUAAGCAACAACAAUACACCAUCUGAAGUGUCGAGCGAGUCAUCCACUCCAAGCACCAACACCUUGCUAUAAGUGGGAGGCUGUCCCAUUUCUUUCUUCUAAUUCCAAAGCAGUGUGUAGUGCUCUUCAUACUCAGCACAGGGCACUUUUUGUAUACACAGCUAUACAGUGUACAGUUAUGUUUAAUGUACAAUUAAACACAAAACUCUCGAGUCAUCAAUGUGCAUUAAUUCCACAUGUAAUUGUGCUACACUGCUGCUUAGAUCAAUGUACUUAAAUGUUGCCUUAUACAGUGUGAUAGUAUCACGUGGAUAUAUGACAGACUGCAGCGCAUUGCUCAACUGCCAACUUGUGAUCAUGAUAACGUACAUACAUGAUGAACCCUGCUGUUACUUGCUGUCAAGUGCAUGGUCAGUUUGAAUCACAUCUAUCCUGACAUGAUCACUGAAUUCUGAUAUUCAGAUGCCAGACACCAUGAGGCUAUGGCACAAGGGUUUACUAGCCCUAUAUAAAAAAAACUAUGAAGACAUUGCAUUUUGAAUUUUCAUAAUUCUAUUUUAUGAAUGUAUCACAAUGCUCUUUUGUGAAACUGAAAUUUCCAUUGGAGACUACAAGUUCUGGUCUGACUUAUACUGUGUUACAUUUUUUAUAGUCUCAUAAGUUUUGGAGUCACAGCAAUAUGAUAAAGACACUAACAGUCAAGGUAAUAGUAGUGUAGAAGAAGAUAAUAGUUUAGUCAUUUAAUUACACAGUUGAAUAUUCGUGAUGCAGUCCUAUAGUUACUUGUAUGGCAUUUAUACAAGUCUUGGAAAUCACAGUCAUGCCCUAUACGAUCACGUAAGCUGUGUAUCAUAGGUGUAAAUCAAGAUACAUAUAGCCAUGGUGUAAGCACAGGCAGAUAGUCAUGACAAACAUGCAUCACAUGAAAUCAAUCAUAUCUAUGACACUGGUACAGACAGCCAAAUAGUUGUGAUCUUGACAAAGACCAGAUUCAUAAUCAUGGCAGCUUGGAAGACAACUUCACAGGCACGAGUCAGAAAUACACUUGUUACCUAAUAAUGUAAGUGGAGAGUCGUAGAGCCAUGACUGGUCCACAGAUGGUUUCAGUCAUUGCGUUAGUCAAUCUUCAUGUACAAACUCUUCAGUAUUAACCUGGAAAACCUGAGGGGUCCAAGUCGGCUCUAUUCGUGAAUUCACUUUUUGCUUUUAAAGCUUCCAUGUAGUACACUGACUGUGGGUUUCAAGGCUUUUUUGUGGAAUACUGUCUGCUGGUGUAAAGAUUUCCACAUGAAACAAGAGUCUGUAAGUCUAGACAUCUGCAUGGAACACCAACCCUACAAGUUCAGAGGCUUCUAUGGGGAACACCCGAGACUGGGUGUAAAGGCCUUUCUGUGAAACACUUUUGCUGUGUGUAGAGCCAGUUUGAUAAUGAACCCAACAUCUCUCCUUGCUUGUACUGUUUACAGGCAGCUCGAGAAGUGUUAGAGUGGCACAUGUUGGCCAGACACGAGGUGACCAGAGAGACCAGUGAUGUGGCUUACUCCUUAGUUCCUCGUCACACAGUUAGGGACUAGUCAGUUAGCAUCAAACCAAAGUAAAUUUAAGUCAGUUCUAUUUAUCAUGGUGAACUAGUGACACUGAGGUAUAUUGAUUAGGUUAUUUUAAUGUUCUUCCUAUGUAGAGCCGAUUUUAAUGUCAAGAAAUAUUGUGUGAAUAUUUGUUUUUAGAAUUUUACUGUACAGAUGAUUAAUAAAUUAGCAGAGUACUGUAUUACUGUACAAAUGAGGAUGUAAUUUGUUUUGUGAACUAGAUAAAAAAUGUGUUCAUAUUAUGUCCUCAGAAUUGUCAUUGUUUCAAUUAUCAUCUCUAUAUGGCCACCAGUUAUUCUCUAUGGUGAAUACAUUUGUAAAUAUUACGUGGUGCACGGAAAUGAUGUGGUUGGGCGUUCACACUGUGCCUUUAUGAUGUCUGUAGCCGUGUACAACAGUACAAGGCUGGUUCCCCUCUCCGGUUUCUCAUUUGGUUUGGGCGUCAAGUGUCACACGAUGCCUUCCGGCCUUAUUUUCAAAUGGACGAUUGGAGUCAGUUCUGGAUCUCUUCAGGUCCAUUUUUUUUUUUUUUGAGCGAGUUGGGAGCCAGUCACAGCUUUCAUGGUUACUCAAGCAGUUUUACCCUGUUAUUAAAUCCAACCACUAGCCCUUAGUGGUUUAUUCUUUGUAUAGUUUCUGGCCCCCAACUUUAAUUUUUGCAAUGUCAAUAUUGUUUAGGAGUGAUGUUAUCAUGAAUUUCAGUAGAAUGUAAACCUGUCAGUAUUUUAGUUGGCACACAGUUAAUAGAUAAAUAAGUGAAAGUUUGAAAAGCCAGAUUUAUUCAUGCGACAUUUUUCUUCGGGACCAAUUGUUGCAAGAUAUUGUGAUAGCUCCAGCGACUUUGCCAGUAUUGUGUCGUAAUACAGUAUAUAAAUACAGUAUUAUGUUCUGUAGAAUUCCACUUGAACUUCACUCACUUGAGAAAGUACAUGUGAACUUAAAUUGUAAAUAGACAUUAAAUUUUUAUUUGUAUACUGUCAAAGACAGAUUCAAAGCCGCUGGUUAUGAAAAACUUAUAUUUUAGUGAAAAAAACAAUGUUUCUCACAUUUUUUGGCUCAUAUUUUGUAAAUAUUUUUUUUACACUGCCAAAGAGUUAUUGAUUGUCGAAAUGUUUCUGUGACAAAAGUUAUCACUUUUUGCAAAUGAAAAUGCACUCUCAACCUACUAAAAACGUAAACAAAUAUUUAUUUAUGCAAGACAGAGUCCCAACUUCGUCUUUCAGUGUUUAUUGUACUUGUUCUGGUGCAUAAUUUAAUGCAAGUUGUCUCACACUCCACCCCAAGUCUUCAGAAAGUAAUGCAGGAAUCUGCAAUUGUAAUGUCUGGUGUCUACUGCUUGUCUAAAUACAGUAAUGUAAAUCUUUGAUUUACAUGUCUCUCAUCAUCCUCCUCUUCACCUUCCACCAAACUCAACUACUCUUGGUUAGCAACAUGUUUAUUAGAAGACAAGGAAUAUAGAUACUACUGAUGUAUAUAAUUUACACAAUGAAUAUUGGAAAGCUAGAAUUACCAAAGAUGAAUCAUGGCCUGCACUGAGUGUGGCUGGGAGAUGCGAGCUCCAGGAAAGUCAGCUCACUGAAUCAAUUUCUUUUUCAAAAAAUCAAUAAAUCAAUUGUAUUCUGAUGCUGUUUAUAUGUGAAUAUGGAUUCUGACACAUGACCCAACAUCAGAAUACAGUACAUCAUUUACAGAAAUAUAGGAAAGCCGACGGCUCAUCACAAACUCUCAGUAUUAUGCUAGUGUAAAGGGCACCCAACACCAGCCAUAAGUGACAUGUAGUCAUGAGGCAGAAUACUUGAAUACAGUAAACCAAACACAGCACCUUUGCCCAUACUUCAGUAUGGCAGCAUUACCCCCCUUCACAUCUCAGUAUGGCAGCAUUAUCCUAUAACACUCAUCUCAGCCUAGCACCAUUCUCCUACCCCCACAUCUCAGCCUGACAUUAUUCCCUGCCCCCCCCCCAUCCCAGCCUGGCACUAUUCCCCUACCCCCACAUCUCAGCCUGGCAUUAUUUCCCCCCCCCCAUCAUAGCCUAGCACCAUUCCCUUGCCCCCUCAUCUCAGCCUGGCACCAUUCCCCUGCCCACAUCUCUACCUGGCACCAUUCCCCUACCCACAUCUCAGCCUGGCACCAUUCCCCUGCCCCCACAUCUCAGCCUGGCACCAUUCCCCUGCCCCACAUUUCAGCCUAGCACUAUUCCCCUGCCCCCCUCAUCUCAACCUGGCACCAUUCCCCUGCCCACAUCUCUACCUGGCACCUUUCCCCUCCCCACAUCUCUGCCUGGCACCAUUCCCCUGCCCCCACAUCUCAGCCUGGCACCAUUCCCCUGCCCCCCCAUCUCAGCCUAGCACUAUUCCCCUGCCCCCCUCAUCUCAACCUGGCACUAUUCCCCUGCCCACAUCUCUACCUGGCACCAUUCCCCUUCCCACAUCUCAGCCUGGCACCAUUCCCCUGCCCCCACAUCUCAGCCUGGCACUAUUCCCCUGCCCCCACAUCUCAGCCUGGCACCAUUCCCCUGUCCCCCUCAUCUCAACCUGGCACCAUUCCCCUGCCCCCAUAUCUCAGCCUGGCACUAUUCCCCUGCCCCCACAUCUCAGUCUGGCACCAUUCCCCUGCCCCUACAUCUCACCCUGGAACCCUUAUCCCAUCACCCUAACCCCCAUCUCUCUUUUGCCCUUACUUGACCCACUAAAUUUCCAGAAACCCAUCUUUCUGUCAGUUUUCCAAAACAUUUAUACCCACUAGUACAACUACUAUUACAUUUAUUAGUAUUAUAGUAUUAGUAUUAUCUAGUAUUACAUUUCCCUAACAUUACUAGUCCUGUACUCGUCAUCACACCCCACAUGACCAUUAUUCCCAUGCCCCGUCCCCCAGCCAGGCACAACAACUACCAACUACUAUUCCAACACUGACAUGACCAUUGUCUCUGCAUCUCAGUCCCUGCACUAUGUAGCUAUUCCUGAUCCCUGUCUCCCAGCCUGGUGCCAGUAAUCUCUUCUCCAUUUUAGGACGUAAAAUAUGCAAUGACACAAAAGCCAUGGAUUGUAUUUACUGUUGGAGUUUAGUCAUUUACAAAGAGGUUAAUUUAAUGUAUGUAUAACUAAGAAAAUAAAGUAUCUUCUCAUGUUUUUAGAAAAAA